AUGAAUACAAGCAAAGACAGUUCGGUUCUAAAUAAUGAUAGUUUCCCAUUAUCUGAAUUAAAUUAUAACGUUAACCAACUUCUUACAUGUCAGCCUUUGACUUCUCAACAAUUAUCAAAACCAAUUCAAGAGCAAAAUGAAAUUAUUGCAUCUCAGAAAGUUGAUGAUAGUCAAAAUAACUCAUCUGAAGAAGAAAAUUUUUUGCCUAAUCGGCCUAAAAAAAGACGUCGUGGUGGUGGGCCUAAACGAGAUCCAGUUUGGGAUUAUGUUAAUAUUGGUGAUCAUUUAGGAGAUGGACAUUAUGGUGCUAGUUGCAGAUAUUGUCAAGUUGUAUGGAACCGUGAAAAGCCACAGAUACUUAAACAUCAUUUAGCACGAGAAUGUGAAGAAGUUCCUUAUGACAUUAAAGAAAUCUGGCGAGAUAAUUUAGCAAUGGAAGAAAAAACAAUUAGAAG